AUGAUGUCAUCAGGAGGAGGCUGGACUAUUUUUCAACGACGUUUGAACGGUAGUGUUGAUUUUUAUCGUGGCUGGGACGACUACAGUAAUGGUUUUGGUGACACAAACAGUGAAAUUUGGCUUGGAUUGCAUCAGAUCCGUCGAUUAACUCAGUUUGAGCGUCAGAUUUUGAGAAUUGACAUGGAAGACUUUGACAACAAUAGCGCAUAUGCACAAUACGAGAUUUUUUCAGUCGGAAGUAAGGAGGAAAAGUUUAAAUUGACGGUUGACAGAUACUCAGGUGUGUGCUAAUUAAAAUUGUCAAAUAUUCCCUAAAAUUCAUAUUUAUUUUUAUGCAUAGCGAGUGUCAAUAUUUUUACUUUCUUAUGUACAAAUCGCGACCGAGACUGAAAUUUCGAGUUCACGAGCAAGGGCUUUUACUGCAUAAUAUAAUUGUUGCCAAGAUCAAGUACAAAAACGCAAGUAAAUUUUCCAAUUUCUGAACGCUGUUCCUGGGGUAUACUGGUGUUUCAAACCUAAAUGAUUUCUCGGAAUGCUUAAAUCCUGGUUUGAAAAGUCGUUGAAUUGCCAAAAUGCGAAACACCAGUAAUUAUAACCUCUAAUUUGUCCCUGAUUGUUAAACUAAGAAUACAUUGACGCCCAUGCGUUUUCCUCACCCCACCCUGCUAAAAACAAUCUCCUAGGCUUCUAUCAAUUGCAAGAUUAUUAUUUCUCCUUAGUCAUGUGUGAGAAUAAUUUUUCAAACAAACUGCGAAGCGUUUCUCCAACCAUUGACCUACAUUGAUCUCAAUACAAUUGAUGCGUUUGGUGUAAUUGUGUAUACAUACAUAGUAAAGAUUUUUGUGCAAUUAUUCUAACUGCGAAAAUAUUUAUUAACAUAAGAUUUUAAAAGUGUGCAGUUGCUUUCCGUUUUCGCUCUCACUCUGACUAAAAUAAAUAAAAAAAAACUCCACCUUGCUUGCCAUAGGUAAUGCUGGUGACUCACUGUCCAUUUAUCAUAACAACAUGAGAUUCUCAACAAAAGAUGCAGACCAUGACACAAGUACUACUGGUUCGAACGUACACUGUGCUCAAACUUACCAUGGAGGUUGGUGGUACAAAUCAUGUCAUACAUCAAACCUCAAUGGCAAAUAUUAUCAUGGUGGAUAUCAAAAGACGUUUGCUGAUGGUAUCAAUUGGUUUGAUUGGCACGGAUAUCGUUAUUCUUUGAAGAAAACUGAGAUGAAAGUGCGACGAAGACCAGACUUUUAA